AUUAAUUCAAUCAUCAUCAAUCAAAUUUACAAUGAAUAUCGGUCAUGUAUUUUCAAAUUAAAGUUUAUGAAGGUGCGCGUGUACAAUGUAUUUUAUUUUUAGAUAGAUAAUUAUAAAAGAUUGAAAUUUUCUCGGUAAUUAUUCAAAUCUGACUAAGAAGAACAAAUUGACAAUUAAGUGAUAAGGAAAAAUUAAGAAUGUGUAACAAUUUUUUACCUGAAUACAUAAAUGCAUUUUUGGAUGAUGUUGAAACUACCAUGUGUUUACCGAUACUCGUAAUCAUUGUGGUUUGCACCUUACAAUUUAUAUUUAAUCAUGUUGCUGAUGUUGGAUGUGUAGUUUAUGAAACCGUACAAGACAAAUUAGAUAACAAAGAAUUUGGUUAUGGCACCCAAACUAAUCUGAUAAAUAGAUUAAAAGAGAUAAUAACAAAUUUAAUAUUUAAACAUUCUACAAAAAUCCCAUCAACCCCAAAGAUCAAUUCGAAUUUGGUUUAUAAAAGAAAUAAUAAAAAAAAUCAUUUGGAUUAUUGAAACGAAGAUAUUAAAGAAAUUGUACUCUAUGUUCAAUGAUAUAAUUAGUAAGUUUUUUAUGAUAUUAAAAUAUAAAAAAUUUGUAAAAAAUAUUUAUUUUAUAAUUUUGAACACAGUGCACGAAUUAAUUCUAUAAAAUUAUAUAAAAAUAAAAACACACGUGUAUACGUUGACAAAGUAAAUUGCAAAGAAAUUGUAAAGGAACUUGAAAUGAUUAUAAAAAAU